AAAGAGAUCCACAAACGCAUGGCGAUGUCACUUGACAACAGCAUGAAGUUUACCAGCCGUUCCAGAGAUCGCAGCACAUGUCUCAGCCGCUCCAGCAGCUUUAAUAGUGAAGUUUGUGUUGGUAUGGCGCCAUGUUGUGGUUUAUGAGAAAAUGAAAAUAUUUUUCACACAUUUAUGUGCGGUUUAGAAAAUGGUAGUGUUUCGUCAUGAAGUGUGCAAGAAGUACUUCACUUGAGACGUCGAGGUGAAUGCAGACACGACCGACCCUGCGCUGGUGUCAGAGUGAAGACGAGGCUGAUGGAGAGUGGCCCAUUACCGCGCCCGCUCCGGCGGUGAAGGAAGAGGUAACCGUAGAGGACUUCCAGGCGUGCGAGCAGCUAGCAGUAGCAGCAGCAGCAGCCUCGCUCUCAGGGUGCAAGGAAAGCAGCGAAUGGCUGUCUAUGGAUGAAGAGCAGACUGAGGAUGAAAAAAACUCAACUUUAUCAGUUCGUGUGAAUAACCGUUUAUUACCUCAACAAUCGUGUUCUUCAUUUCAGUCAAGUCAUUUGAAGACACAGGGAUUGAGUGUGGGGGAGCGAACCCAAGGAUUGAAGCAAUUGUUGAAUCACAAGAUGUGUCCAGGUGUGAUUGAUAAUAAUACUAGUGCAAAACACAAUGUUGGAAGAUCCUUAUCAUUUUCACAAUGUUCUGCUAAGUUUGAUCCAAAGGGCAGUUCAUUUGUACAACUCAGAAAACACACUAGUAAGAAGACAUACCCAUGUUCACUAUGUUCUGCUAAGUUCAGUACAAAUAGUUACCUUAAGAUACAUACGAGAAUACAUACAGGUGAAAAGCCAUUUUCAUGUUCAUUGUGUUCUUCUAAGUUCACGGGAAAGAGUUCACUUAAGGUUCAUAUAAGAAAACACACUGGUGAAAAGCCAUUCUCAUGUUCAUUAUGUUCUUCUAAGUUCAGUACAAAUAGUGACCUUAAGAUACAUACGAGAAUACACACAGGUGAAAAGCCAUUUUCAUGUUCAUUGUGUUCUGCUAAGUUCAGUACAAAUAGUUCCCUUAAGAUACAUACCAGAAUACACACAGGUGAAAAGCCAUUUUCAUGUUCAUUGUGUUCUGCUAAGUUCAGUACAAAUAGUUACCUUAAGAUACAUACGAGAAUACACACAGGUAAAAAGCCAUUUUCAUGUUCAUUGUGUUCUGCUAAGUUCAGUACGAAUCAUUACUUGAAGGUUCAUAUGAGAAUACACACAGGUGAAAACUCAUUCUCAUGUUUAUUUUGUGAUGCUAAGUUCAUCCAAAAUUGUUACCUUACAAAACAUAUGAGAAAGCACACUGGCGAAAAGCCAUUCACAUGUUCACUAUGUUCUUUGAAGUUCACUCAAAAGUAUAGUUUGAUUGUACACCUCAGAAAACACACUGGUGAGAUGCCAUUCUCGUGUUCUUUAUGUUCUGCAAAGUUCGCAAUAAAGAGACAUUUGAUUCUACACACCAGAAAACACAAUGGUGAAAAGCCAUUCUCAUGUUCAUUGUGUUUGUCUGAGUUCACUGAAAAGAGUUCACUUAAGGCUCAUGUAAGAAAACACACUGGUGAAAAGCCAUUCUCAUGUUCAUUAUGUUCUUCUAAGUUCAGUACAAAUAAAGACCUUAAGAUACAUACGAGAAUCCACACAGGUGAAAAGCCAUUUUCAUGUUCAUUGUGUUCUGCUAAGUUCAGUACAAAUAGUUACCUUAAGAUACAUACGAGAAUACACACAGGUGAAAAGCCAUUUUCAUGUUCAUUGUGUUCUGCUAAGUUCAGUACAAAUAGUUACCUUAAGAUACAUAUGAGAAUACACACAGGUAAAAAGCCAUUUUCAUGUUCAUUGUGUUCUGCUAUGUUCAGUACAAAUAGUUACCUUAAGAUACAUACGAGAAUACACACAGGUGAAAAGCCAUUCUCAUGUUCAUUGUGUUCUUCUAAGUUCGUAGGAAAGAGUGCACUUAAAGUUCAUUUAAGAAAACAUACAGGUGAAAAGCCAUUUUCAUGUUCAUUGUGUUCUUCUAAUUUCACGGGAAAGAGUUCACUUAAGGUUCAUGUAAGAAAACACACUGGUUAAAAGUCAUUCUCAUGUUCAUUGUGUUCUGCUAAGUUCAGUACAAAUAGUGACCUUAAGAUACAUACGAGAAUACACACAGGUGAAAAGCCAUUUUCAUGUUCAUUGUGUUGUGCUAAGUUCAGUACAAAUAGUUACCUUAAGAUACAUACGAGAAUACACACAGGUGAAAAGCCAUUUUCAUGUUCAUUGUGUUCUGCUAAGUUCAGUACAAAUAGUUACCUUAAGAUACAUACGAGAAUACACACAGGUGAAAAGCCAUUUUCAUGUUUAUUUUGUGAUGCUAAGUUCAUCCAAAAUAGUUACCUUACAAAACAUAUGAGAAAGCACACUGGUGAAAAGCCAUUCUCAUGUUCUUUAUGUAAUGCUAAGUUCACUCAAAAGUAUAGUUUGAUUGUACACCUCAGAAAAAACACUGGUGAGAUGCCAUUCUCGUGUUCUUUAUGUUCUGCAAAGUUCGCAAUAAAGAGAGAUUUGAUUCUACACACCAGAACACACACUGGUGAAAAGCCAUUCUCAAGUUCAUUGUGUUCUUCUGAGUUCAGUACAAAUAAAGACCUUAAGAUACAUACGAGAAUACACACAGGUGAAAAGCCAUUUUCAUGUUCAUUGUGUUCUUCUAAGUUCGUAGGAAAGAGUGCACUUAGGUUCAUUUAAGAAAACAUACUGGUGAAAAGCCAUUUUCAUGUUCAUUUUGUUCUGCUUAGUUCUGUGAAAAGCGUUCACUUGGUAGGCAAAUAAAAAACUCAUGGAUGAAAACUCAUUCUCAUGUUCAUUAUGUUCCCUUAAGUGCAUUGAAAAUAAUGGACUUACUAAACAUAAGAGAAAAAUCACUGGUUUUAAGCCACUCUCAUGUGCAAGUUGUUUAGCUAAAUUUUGUGAAAGGAGUUUGUUUAGUAAGCAUCUAAUUAAACUUAUGGGUUAGAAGCCUUAGUGAUGUUCAAUUUUUUCUACUAGUUUCAGUGAAAAUAUCUUAGAAGCCAGGUGAACUGCAUUCUCAUAUUAACAAUUUUCUUCUAAGUUUGCUAAACAGUGUACCUCGAGUCUUCUCUUGUGUAAAGAAAUUCUGUGUUUAUUAUACUCUCCGGCAUUCAUUUCAAUGAGUUAUUUGAUUACAUACCUUUUGAUUCACCUGCAAGAAGCCAUUUAAUUUUAUUUUGUUGUAUUUACUUAAAUAAUGGUAGUCCUUGAAAUAAAUAAUGUAAGAAGUACUGUAAAAGUGGUUUAUGUGUUUAUAAUGUUAUGCUAGGUUUACCGAAAGUUAAGAUUUAAAAUUUAAAUAUAAGAACACAAACUGUUGAUUCAACAUUAUGUUUGUUAAGUUGUAUAAAAAGUUUCGUCAAAGUAUUGUCAUCAAUGGACAUUUGGAAAAGGCAUAGGUGAGACGGCACGUGAGAGAUGAUAAUGUGCUCUUUGCAUUCAGUUCAGUGGCAUAGCCAGGGGGGGUUUUAGGAGUUCAAACCACCCCCCCCCCCCCCCUUCCCCCCAUAGCACCGAAUCUUUAAUUAAUUUCUUAUUCAUCACUCAAACAAAUUUCAUAUUAAAAUUAAUAAAAUUUUUACCAGUACAAUAUUUAAAUUUAAGUACCAAAAACUGCUAAAAUAGCACUAUUUUACAACUUAAAAUCCAAAUUUUCCCGGGGGUGGACCCCCGGACCCGCCGCUUUAAUACCAUGGGGGGGGGGGGGGAUGCUUUUUAACACCCCCCAUACACAAACCCUGGCUAAGCCACUGAUUCAGUUAUGAGCUGGUUAUUGCUUUUACCUGAAUUAACCACACUAAUGAGUUGAUAACUGGAUAACUGAUGUGUAUCAUUUGUUACGCAGUGUUCUCCUCAGAGACAUCCUUAUGUGCACCUACAUAGUAUUUCACAUGUACAACCAAUUAAUUAAACAUAUUUUUAACUAACAAUAUAACCCCUAAGAUGAAUAAAGUUGAAUAAAAUAAA